GACAAUGAUGAUUCAAAUGUUAAUAAUGUGUAUAGUUUCAAUUCUGUCAUUUGCCUACGCUGAUAUUACUACUACUACUGCUACUGCUAAUACUACUAUUAUUACAUUGAAUAAUUCGGUUAAUACUGUACAACCUUAUUUUACUUGUAAUAUGACUCAACGCGGUUUUCAUCUUCGAUUGCAUUGUGAUUUCCAUGAUUUUUCAAUUAGUUUACUGGAGCAUUGUCAACUUCAUGUACAUUUAUCAUCAGGUUUUUUCAUUGAUCCAUAUGAAUUAAUUUCUAGUCAACCGAACUUAAAAUUUUCAAUUAGUCAAUCGAAAAUACAACCAAAAUUACAUGAUACCAUUAAACAAUUUGUAAAUUGGUUUACAUAUUCUAAGUUGGAGAAGAAAAAUAUCGAUCAUUCCAAUGAAAGUAAACAAUUAAUUAUUCAAAAUAAUUUGGUUGAUAUUGAAGCUCCAGAAUGGCUUGCUAAACCAUUAAUAUUCAAAUUUAAUAUUAAUCAAUUGGAGAUAAAUCAAUCAAUUAGUUAUUUAGAUUUACCUAUUCAUCUACGAUAUCAGUAUGUUUUAUUUAUGUAUUCAUUUGUUAAAUGAGUUCUGAGUACAUCUAAUAUCUCAACAUAAGACAUAUAAUGUCAACUCAUUUAAACUAAUGGACACAAUGAAACUUCAUCAAUAGAGUCCUAUCGUCACGAACUGACUGGCCAAACACGGCAUAAGUUCAUUAUUCAAUGAUCAGUCAAUUGUAAAUAUUUGUCCUAUAUUAAGUCAACCGUGCCCCGAAUACCUCAAUGGUAAUGUAUCAAACUGGCGAAUUAGGUGACAUGUGUUUAAAUUCUGUUAAAAGUAUCAAUUCCUUCAAUAUUUCAGUCUCCCAUCAACAAAAACUGAUAACACUAAUGAUGAUUCUAUAUAUAUUACUGAAAUUAAACAUCCUAUACUCAAUUGUCCAAAAGGCAAUAAUGUCAAAAAUAUAAACAGUCAACAGUUUUUCUCUGUCAUUGUUCCUAUACCUUUGUUAUCUUACCUUGUAUUUGUGAUGCCUAUUACAAUUUUACUGCUAAUUAUGGGUGUGAUAUAUCUCUUGAUGGCCUAAUCUGAUUCUCAUAUAUACAUUCCUGAUUUUGAUCGCUGACUUCAUACAUAAUUAUUUUUUGUAUAUUUACAUAUCUCAAAAGAAACCGUUGCGUAAACAGCUUAUUUUAAUGAUAAAGUUAUUUCAUUGUUUAUUCUAUUUCUCACACAUGUUUAGAGUUAAUCUAUAUUGUUAUUUGGUUCAAAUUAAUAUAAAAUCUAUUUAAAAUAAUCAGUCUCUUUGAUAGAUUUUGGAUAAUUCUAUGGUAACAUGAAGGUUAUCAGAUGUGAUACUUUUUUUGCAACGAAUUCCGAACAAUCUGAUCGUACAUUAUUGUUAGUGUUGUGGAUGCGGAAGGAUAGACCAAUAAUUAUCAUGUUAAGUCCAAUGGUGUCCUUGGACUUUAAAUGGACACUUCCUAUUGAUCGAUAUCUGUUCACUUGUUGAAUAUUGUACAAAAUGUUGUUUUCUAUUUUAUGGUACGAUGUGGUAUGCCUGGUUGGUAUAUAAGCAGUGUGUCUGAAAUAUAACGAUUCAUAACUCA